GCCACCUUCGUUCAAUACAGUCUGUUUGCUGAUCCGCUCAUCGAAGGACAGCAUCAUUCGCCUGAUGGAGCUUGCCAGAAAUAGAGCAAGAUGCUUGCAAGGCUUCCACGUGCGAAAUGAUGGAGAAGGGCUUUAGCAGGCUGAACUACAAGUCAAAUGUUACAGUUAUGGAUCGCUCGCGCACAAGAUCUUACAAUGUCUGUCUCACGAUGAGUCUAAGAGUCACGACGGCCUUCAAACAGACGAAGCGAUGGCCAUCGCUGCGGAAAAGCUCAAGGAGCAGGACGGACGCAUCCACUGGGCGACGGGAUAUCGUACAAUUGAAUGCGAGAAUGUAUCUCAAGCAGAUCAACGCUACAAGGCUAUGCCACAGAUGAAGUUCUUGGAUCCGGUUUACUCCAAGGCUUGUUCGAGGGGUUACGGUCAGGUUGAACCAGCGGAGAAACGAUUCGGGCAUGUACUGCGGACGACGGAAGAAGGGCAUUCCAUCACAUCGUACUCGAUUCGUCUCGACUCGAGCAGUUAUUACUGGUAUUAUCCGGGGCGCUCUGAUUAUUUUUGUAUACUAUGUGAACAUCAAAACUCUGACAACCCUGUGGACACACAAUCUUUGCGAGGCUGUGAAGCGCAUCACGACCUCAAGGCAGCGCUGUAUUCAGUUGGCCUACCACGCAGGGAUCGAUUACACCGCAGCCAAACGCUAUUGAUGAAAUUCGGAGCUGAAGUGCUGAUAAAUUGGCGCUGAGAAGCCAGGCUGAACGAUCAUAUGGCUGUUCGAGAUGGCUGUACAUGUGUGUUGCAAGAUCCGUAUCAACGGGCAGGGACGCGGGCGCGUUACUCGUAC